AACCCAGCAGGGUAACUCUGAAAACCCUAGAUUCAGGAAUCAAUAUAUUUUGGAAAGCCUCCCUCCUCCUUUGGUUGCCGCUCUUCUUCUCUAUUGUAGCUUUCUGCUUUGCUUCUGUGCAUUAAAAAUGGUUGAGAAAACAAGGGGAAGGAAGGAAGAGGUAGUGACAAGAGAAUACACUAUCAACCUUCACAAGCGUCUCCAUGGCUGCACAUUCAAGAAGAAAGCACCCAAGGCGAUAAAGGAGAUAAGGAAGUUCGCAGAAAAAGCCAUGGGGACCAAGGACGUGAGAGUUGAUGUCAAACUAAACAAGCACAUAUGGAGCAGAGGGAUCCGAAGUGUCCCAAGAAGGAUUAGGGUCCGCAUAGCUCGAAAGAGAAACGAUGAUGAAGAUGCAAAGGAAGAGCUUUACUCUCUAGUAACUGUUGCUGAAAUCCCAGCUGAAGGACUCAAAGGUUUGGGCACCAAGGUCAUCGAUGACGAUGACGAUGAGUGAUCCUUUGAUCUCUAGUUUUAAAAAAAUUGCAUUUUGUUCACCUACAAGUUUACAU